GCGGGGCCGAGCCAGCUUCCAGUUCAUGAGCAAGCGUUGGCAGUGCUCCCUUCAGAAUUUAGCAUGGAAUACCUUUCAUUCCACACGUGGAGCCUGGAAUUGAGUGAUGCUGGAGUGACUAUGACUCAUCCCUUCAGGUAAGCUCAUCCCUGUGUCGACGAUACAAGGGUGUAGUUUAGCGAAGGAAACUACGAGUCCUUGAUGCCAUGAUGACGACGAUACACCUUCACACACCGUUAGACGUGUUUGGUGCAGGAUGGGACUUUCGUCCGUUGCCAUGCUACCUCCAUUCAAUAGUCAGAAGAAUGGAUUUUUCGCCAUUUUUGCAUUGACGAGGGAGGUAGCUCAUGAUCACGCCCUUGUCUCCAUCCAUCGUCGGGGCAGAGACGACGACGGCAACUCAGUCCGACUCGGACACAGUGAUGGGCCAUUCUACUCGAGCCACCUCUGUGGAACCUUCGUCCAAUGAUAUUAUGCACCAAGUCACGGCGGGCUUCGAAAAGACCACCGUGAACCGACAAGAAACGCCAUGGGAGGAAGUAGUAGCGAGUUGGCUGACUGCACGUCAGAAUCAAAUCGAAGCCCGGGUCGACCGAAUGGAUGCUGGCCUUGGGCGACUUGACGACGCGAUGGACGCUAGAUUUGUGGAGCUCUCGACACGGUGGAUUGUGCAAGGUGUGCGCCAAUUUAAUCACCUCCUCCUGAGCACAGGGGUCAAGACGUUCGAGCUGAAGUCGUUGCCCAAGUACAUUCCAGGCCAUCUGACACUUGACGACGGGCUUCGCCGCGGUGUGGUGUUGUACCGCAUGGGAGCCAUACCUCCAACUGAUCUCCAACAUGUCGACAAUUGAACGUAUUCAGGCGAUUCCAAACCACGCGGUAAUGGACAGCAUCCACUGGUUCUACCACCAUCCCAAGUUGGCGCGGCAAUUCCAUCAGUCAGUUAGCAGUCGCGGCAUGGCCCUUGUGGACUUCCUCACCGUUCCAUGUGAGGAACAGCAUGUCGCGAGCGAGUAAUCCAUCAGAGUGGUCGGAGCAAUCGUGGAGUCGGC